AUGCCAGGACUCCCCAGGUUCCACUUAGACACCAGCGCCCCCCACAGCAGGAGGCCCUGCCACCAAUGGCCAGGGUCCUGGGCCUCCUUGCAGAAGACCGUGGUCAUCCUGUGCCUGCUACUCUCCAGUACUUCUCUGUCCCCCACACACGCGCAGACCGAGAUUCCUCUGGAAACAGUGAAGCUGUGGGCAGACACCUUCGGCAGGGACCUAUAUGACACCGUGACCAAAUACUCGGGCUCUCUCUUGCUGCAGAAGAAAUACAAGGAUGUGGAGUCCAGUCUGAGGAUCAAGGAGGUGGAUGGCUUGGAGCUGGUGAGGAAGUUCUCAGAGGACAUGGAAACCAUGCUACGCAGGAAGGUGGAGGCUGUCAAGAAUCUGGUAGAGGCUGCUGAGGAGGCUGACCUGAACCAUGAAUUCAAUGAAUCGCUGGUGUUUAACUAUUACAACUCUGUCCUGAUCAACGAGAGGGAUGAGAAUGGCAAUUACGUGGAGCUGGGGGCUGAGUUUGUCCUUGAAUCCAAUGCGCACUUCAGCAAUCUGAUGGUGAACACCUCCAUCAGCAGCGUGCAGCUGCCCACGAACGUGUACAACAAAGACCCAGACAUUUUAAAUGGAGUCUACAUGUCUGAAGCUUUGAACACUGUUUUUGUGGAGAAUUUCCAAAGAGACCCGACACUGACAUGGCAAUAUUUUGGCAGCUCCACUGGAUUCUUCAGGAUCUAUCCAGGCAUCAAAUGGACGCCUGAUGAGAAUGGAGUCAUUGCCUUUGACUGCAGAAAUCGUGGCUGGUAUAUACAAGCUGCUACUUCUCCCAAGGACAUAGUGAUUGUAGUGGAUACGAGUGGCAGCAUGAAGGGGCUGCGGAUGACUAUCGCCAAGCACACCAUCUCCACCAUCCUGGACACACUGGGGGAGAAUGAUUUUGUUAAUAUCAUUGCGUACAGUGACUACAUCCAUUACAUCGAGCCUUGUUUUAAAGGGAUCCUUGUCCAGGCAGAUCGGGACAAUCGAGAGCAUUUCAAACAGCUGGUAGAUGAGCUGAUGGUCAAGGGUGUGGGGGUCGUGAACCAAGCCUUGACUGAAGCCUUCCAGAUCCUGAAGCAGUUCCAAGAGGCCCGGCAAGGAAGCCUCUGCAACCAGGCCAUCAUGCUGAUCACCGAUGGGGCUGUGGAAGACUAUGAGCCAGUAUUUGAGAAGUACAACUGGCCUGACCGCAAGGUUCGAGUUUUCACUUAUCUGAUUGGAAGAGAAGUGACUUUUGCUGACCGCAUGAAGUGGAUUGCAUGCAACAACAAAGGCUACUAUACACAGAUCUCCACACUGGCAGAUGCACAGGAGAAUGUGAUGGAGUACCUGCACGUGCUCAGCCGCCCCAUGGUCAUCAACCAUGACCAUGACAUCACCUGGACAGAAGCCUACAUGGACAGCAAGUUAUUCACUUCACAGGCACAGAGCUUGAUGCUCCUCACCACUGUGGCCAUGCCAGUCUUCAGCAAGAAGAAUGAAACGCGAUCCCAUGGCAUUCUCCUGGGUGUGGUGGGCUCUGAUGUGGCCCUGAGAGAGCUGAUGAAACUGGCACCCCGGUACAAGCUCGGAGUGCAUGGAUAUGCCUUUUUGAACACUAACAAUGGCUACAUUCUCUCACAUCCUGACCUCCGACCCCUGUACAGAGACGGGAAGAAACUCAAACCCAAACCUAACUACAACAGCGUGGAUCUCUCUGAAGUGGAGUGGGAAGACCGAGCUGAAACCCUGAGAACAGCCAUGAUCAAUGGGGAAACAGGGUCUCUCUCUAUGGACGUGAAGGUUCCACUGGACAAAGGGAAGAGAGUUCUUUUCCUGACCAAUGACUACUUCUUCACAGACAUCAGUGACACACCUUUCAGCCUGGGAGUGGUGCUGUCCAGGGGCCAUGGAGAGUACAUCCUCCUGGGGAACACAACUGUGGAAGAAGGCCUGCAUGACUUGCUUCACCCAGAUCUGACCCUAGCCAGUGACUGGAUCUACUGCAUCACAGAUAUCGACCCAGACCAUCGGAAGCUCAGCCAGCUGGAGGCCAUAGUCCGCUUCCUGACAGGGGAGGACCCAGAUCUGGAGUGCGAUGAGGAGCUGGUGCGGGAGGUACUGCUUGAUGCGGUGGUGACGGCCCCCAUGGAAGCCUACUGGACAGCGAUGGCUCUCAACACCUCUGACGAGUCCGAGCAGGUGGUGGACAUGGCAUUCCUGGGCACCCGGGCUGGCCUCCUCAGAAGCAGCUUAUUUGUAGGCUCCGAGAAGGUCUCCGACAAAAAGUUCCUGACUCCUGAGGAUGAAGCCAGCAUAUUCACCAUGGACCACUUCCCUCUGUGGUAUCGACAGGCUGCUGAGCAUCCUGCUGGCAGCUUUGUCUUCAAUCUCCGAUCAGCAGAGGCACCAGAAAGUCCAGGCCAGCCAAUGGUAGUAACAGCAAGCACUGCUGUGGCCGUGACGGUGGACAAGAAGACAGCUAUCGCUGCAGCGGUGGGAGUCCAAAUGAGGCUGGAGUUCCUACAACGCACGUUCUGGGCAGCGACCCGGCAGUGUGGCACUGUGGAGGGGCCAUGCCCAGAGAGCUGCCAGGACAGUCACCUGGACUGCUUCGUCAUCGACAACAACGGGUUCAUCCUGAUCUCAGAGAGGUCCCAGGAGAUGGGAAGAUUCCUGGGGGAGGUGGAUGGCGCUCUCAUGACCCAGCUGCUCAGCAUGGGGGUGUUCAGCCAAGUGACUAUGUAUGACUACCAGGCCAUGUGCAAACCAUCAAAUCACCACCACAGCGCUGCCCGGCCCCUGGUCAGCCCAAUCUCUGCCCUCCUGACUGCUACCAGGUGGCUAGUGAAUGAGCUCUUGCUGCUCCUGCUCGAGUGGAGUGCCUGGGGCUCCUGGCGUGCAGACAGCAAGGCCGAGGCCAAAGCGGUCUUCCAUCAGUCCCACAAGCACAAGAAACAGGACAUGCUGCAGCCCUGUGACACACAGUACCCCGUGUUUGUGCACCAGACGGCCAUCCAGGAGACCAACGGGGCCAUCGAGUGUGGGGCCUGCCAGAAGAUAUUUGUGAUGCAACAGAUUCCCAGUAGUAACCUUCUCCUCCUGGUGACAGACCCCACCUGUGACUGUAGCAUCUUCCCACUAAUCCUGCAGGAGGCUACAGAAGUCAAAUAUAAUGCCUCUGUCAAGUGUGACAGGAUGCGCUCCCAGAAGCUUCGCAGGAGACCAGAUUCCUGCCAUGCCUUCCAUCCAGAGGAAAAUGCCCAGGACUGUGGUGGCACCUCGGACCUCUCAGCCUCGCUCCCCACGCUCCUGCUGCCUCUGUGUGCCUGGGUCCUUCCACCCCAGUUGCUGCGGUGACA